GAAAUGCCUCCUCUGGUUGCUCAGGUGACUAAAUUCAAAUGUGGAGGCUUUGUUCUUGGGCUAUGCAUGAACCAUUGCAUGUUUGAUGGGCUUGGAGCUAUGGAAUUUGUGAACUCAUGGGGUGAAACUGCCAGAGGCCUACCUCUCAAUGUCCCUCCAUUCCUAGACAGAACCAUUCUCAAAGCUCGAAACCCGCCAAAGAUUGAAUUCCAACACCACGAAUUCGCUGAGAUCGAAGACAUAUCCAACACUGCUGAUCUCUACAAACAAGAAAUGCUCUACAGGUCCUUCUGUUUCGACCCCGACAAGCUUGAACAACUCAAGAACAAAACAAUGAAAGAAGGAGCUUUAAAAAAGUGCACUACAUUUGAAGCCCUUUCUGGUUUCGUCUGGAGGGCUCGGACCCAAGCGCUGAAUCUGAAGCCUGAUCAACAGACAAAGCUCCUCUUUGCUGUCGAUGGGCGGUCCAGAUUCAACCCACCAUUACCAGAAGGGUACUCUGGAAAUGGCAUUGUAUUAACCAAUUCAAUGUGCAGUGCAGGGGAGCUAGUGGAGAAGCCACUGUCCUCUGCUGUGGCACUGGUACAAGAGGCAGUUAAGUUAGUUACAGACAGUUAUAUGAGAUCAGCCAUUGAUUAUUUUGAAGCAACAAGAGCUAGGCCUUCACUGACUGCAACACUUCUGAUCACUACAUGGUCUAGGCUGUCUUUUCACACUACAGAUUUUGGAUGGGGUGAGCCAGUGUUAUCUGGGCCAGUGGCUUUGCCUGAGAAGGAAGCCGAACUCCAAGAUGAAUUUGAGAAGUUCAAGAAGGUGUUGUCUAGUGGACCAAUAGUAGGAGCAAUGCAGUCUAUAGCCAUCGGAAUUUCUAAGGACUUCAAAUUCAAGAUGCCUAAUUUCUAG